AUGGUUGGCCGACCAAGACGAUCUUGUUUUAGAUGCAAUAAUCAAAAGGUCCGCUGUAAUGGUGUACGACCAACCUGCGACAGAUGCAAGCGCAUCCGGCAUAUUUGCUCCUAUGAGGGCGCACAGCCUGAGCCGUACGGCUAUGUGUCCAGCCCUAGAUCGUCAACCGCCAAUGUCGAAUCAAGAUAUGCCGAUAGAGAAGAGCAACAGAGUAGCCCCAGGCAACCAGAUUUCCAAGCUAGAUACUGUGGUAUACCACGUUCAUUGAUCGGCGAUCUAGUUGACAUCUAUUUCUCCCACGUGUACAAUGCCCGCUUGUUGCUCCACAAGGAUACCGUUGUGGAAGCCGUAAGCGCGAGGACUGCCACCUCUCACGUGGUACUAAGCAUCUGUGCCUUUGCCUCAAAGUACUAUCGAGAUGCUGCAGGAAAUCACUCGCUCUCCGAAUCUGGUUUCGGUCAAGAAUGGGCCUCUAUAGCUGGCUCUAUGGUAGCAACUGAACUUGGUGAACCAAAAGAAGAAAACAUUGUCACUUUCAUCAAUCUUGCUCUUUACUGGUACAGUGAAGGUGAAUGGCGGAAAGCUUUCAUCUACAAGUGGAACGGUAUUCAGAUUGCAUAUGUCCUUGGAGUUCCUGCUCCUAGUCCACAUGGGACCACAUCGAGCCUCCGCACUGAGGUCACAAGGAGGCGAUUCUGGGCUUGCGCCUGUAUCAUGCUGUUCGGCUCAAAGGCCGACUUCGUUGUGAGCACCCUCUCGGAUAGCCUCACGAAGGUUCCACUACCUUGCCCUGAGUCACGAUUUGGCAAAGACACUCUUUCACCCCCAACAGAAUCUGGUCACAAUACCAUCUUUGCCGCCCUCAUCCACAUAUUGAUGCUUUGGAAUGCUGUUUAUCAAUCUGUCAAAGAUGGCGAUCUCCAGCUCAAUACACUCCAGUCACUCAAUUCUAGGAUCGAAAGCUGGAACACAUCACUCCCAUCCGAUCUAGAGUUCAGCCCAGACUCCCUUAACGAUGCCUUAGCUCAAGACCAGCACCUUGUCCUGUUACUUCACACCAUUUACGACCAAUGUCUAUGCACUCUACAUUCUUCCAUAGUACCCCUGUUCUGCUGGGGAAUGUCAUGCGACGGCACGUGACUCGUCACAUGACUCGUCACAUGACAGGAUACUGACG